AAUGAAAAAAAUCCUAUCAAUAAUUCUUACAAGGGAAUUGAACCGAAUGGGACUUUGGGAGCUCCAAAUCGUCCAUGGCCUUCACGCGGGAUUCUGCCUCGAAAACGCUCUGUGGCCUUCACGCUCUGCCGUUUCCUCGCGUCUCCCUCCUUCGUUUCCUUUUCCAUUGAAAGCUUGUAAGCGUUUCCCCAUUCCCUUUUUGGGUUUUGUCUUGCUCGUUUCCGUAUGCUUUUGCGCCAGGUUUUUUGCGGAAAGGGAUUUCAUCUGUGUGUCAGUUGCACAGGUUUACUUUUGUAGUUUGUUUGUCGCGUUUCCAACUGGUUUUGGCUAUAUGUAUCAAUUUUGUUUUGGUUCUCUUUCAUUUUGUCUGGCUCUCUCUCUUGUUCUUCUUCUUGUGGUUUGUUUUUGCUUUCUCUCAAAUUGCUGGUGGGCUCGAUUUCUUGUGCGAUGGGGUUCCGGUAAGGACUUUGUUGAUGCUAAGGUUUGUUUUUUUUCAUUGGUGGUUUGUGUUUGUUUGUGCUGUUGGUUCAAAUUUGUUCUUUUUGUAGCCUUUCUAUUUUGUGUUGGUUGGUUUGUGUUUCUUUUUUAAUUUUUUUUUUCCAGUGACUAUUGUGCUUUUGCUUCCGAUGAACGGUUGCAGAAGCGACGAGUCUCUUCCUUCCUGCGACGGCCGACUGUGUAAUUGGAUUAGCAUUGUCGGUGAGACGGUUUGUGAGUGGCAGAGUUGAAUUUUUCAUCUUCCUUAAAUGUUCAAUGUUAAAGGAUCGUAUAAUUUUUAUUAUUUAUUCUGUUUUGGUUUGAGUAUGACCAGAAAUGCCUGGAGUGGUUUCUGUUCCCUAAUUCUAAAAGAAUGAUAGAAGCAAAAAUUUUUAUAGUAUUUGAGAUAAAAUGCACUGCAGGUGUUUGAUAAAAUGUCCACGAGGAAAAUUGUGAUACAUAAAAUAGAACUGUGUGAAUCACCAAGUAAUUUAUUGUCUUUUUUCCUUAUACCUCCUUUGUUGAUAGUUUAUAAAUACCUCAUGAUAGCCAAGUUUUACACACCAAGAUUAAUGCAACUAAGUAACUCCACUCUUUUGUAGGUUGUUUGUCCAAAUAAAUCGGCAAUGGACUUUGAUUAUGCUCACUACAUGUUGAUUUUGCAGGUUUUGGCUUUUAAGAACAAGAAACUACUAUUGCAAAGUGAGUGGUUUUGCAGGUUGUUGUUUUUGAAGGAUUUAGGUGUCGGAUAUAAUUUGGUUGCCUAUUUAGUUAUGGUAUAUGAGAGUAUUUUGGGUUAAUUAAUGCAAGUGUAGUGUAACAUUGUUUCCUCUAACUUAUUAUUUUGGUGAUCUAUAUAGGUUUCAUUCACCGUUCUAUUUUGCAGGAAAAAUUGAGUUUAUACAUAGAUGUAAAGGUAGUUUGUGAUAUUUACUUAAAUGUCUUUAUGUGUAUUUUAGUAUGAAUUUAAAUUAUCAUAAGGUGAAUCGUUUGUUUCUAAUAGUUUGUCCUGCUACCAUGUCAACACAUUGUGUGUGUUGUUAGAACAUAGAAUCUGUUUGGAGCUACUCAUAAGGUUAUUGUUAUAUUUCUCACCUUAUUCUUGCAAUUUUUCUGUGGAAGAGUAUGAAAAUUUAAUUACUUACUUUUGCAAGAGUUAAAAAGUGGAAAGGUCAUUGUAAUUUGUGAAGAUUUCACAUAUGCUAUCCAAUUGCAAGAUCAUGUGGACUGUACAAAUUAGAGGGAAGACCACUUACAUAGCACAACUUCUGAUGGUAAUUUUUUUUUUUUUUUGAAUCGGCAAAAUUUUAUUAAAGCUUCCUCCAUAACAAGAAGUACAAGAGGAGCCAAAGCAGAACAAAAACAAGAGAACAACAACUAGCUAUAAGCAUUGAAAAAAAACUAGUCCCCUACACAGGCCAUGAAAACUGAUAAGAAAAGCCACCCCUUAAAAUCAUUAGCGUUGAAGACAAUCCCCGGGGUCCCAUGUCCAUUCAUAGAACAUGCAAGGAGACACUUUCAAUCUAGCCAAACUCCAUUUCCAAGUCAUAACUUUAAUAUUAUCAACAAUCUCCUUUGGAACAAAGGACCCAUUUGCAAAAAUUGAGCCAUUCCUCGCCUUCCAAAUGGACCAAAGUGUUGCAUGCCAUAUCAUCAAGUAGCCUUUGCGCGCCUCCGCAUUUCUAGCCGCUCCCCAACUUCUGAUGGGAUGCCGAUGAGAGAAGAGGAGUAAGCGAAUCUUGAGUUAUUAUUGCAUCUUAUGCCAAUUUUGAACUGGUUUUGUCAAUGCAAGUUAGUGUUGUGGCGUUUAAGAACAAGAAACUACCACAGACACAAACACCAUUCUCAGUUCUCUUUGUAUGUCUUGGAAACAUCUGUAGAAGUCCAGCUGCUGAAGGGGUUUUCACUUAUUUCGUUAAGAAAAGAGGUUUUGAUUCUAAAAUCAGAAUUGAUUCUGCUGGUACAAUCAAUUAUCAUGAAGUGGGUAUAUCUGUAAAUGUUUUAUAUGAAAUAGAAAUAUCAUUUUUAAGAAAACAAUUAUUAUUUUUGGUAUUUUUUAUGAUGGGUUUUUUCAGAUUGUUUAAAAAGUUGAUUUUUUUUUUGAAGGGUAAUCAAACUGAUUCAAGAAUGAGGGCAGCUUCAAAAAGAUGUGGGAUUGAGAUAACUUCAAUUUCAAGGCCAAUUAAGUCAUCUGAUUUUGUUGAGUUUGAUCUUAUUCUUGCUAUGGACAAGCAAAAUAGAGAGAGAGGAUAUAUGGAAGCUUUUAAUAGAUGGAAGUUUAGAGAUCCUUUACCUGAAGAUGCCCACAAAAAGGUUAGGUUGAUCUGCUCAUAUUGUAAGAAACAUGAUGAAACUGAAGUCCCGGAUCCUUGCUAUGGUGGACCUGAAGGUUUUAAGAAGAGUGAAGUUGAAUAUCAUUUACAAGUGCAAAGAUAGUCUCGAAUUAUGACACUAUUUCGUUUAAUGAAUUUAAUUAGACCACGUGUAUGUAGCACUGACACUUUUCAUGAAAGGUGUGUCAAGUUUCCGAUAUUGACACACUUAAUUACAUAUAAUUGUUCCGUUUCUUCACAUUAUUAUCGGUGUCAAUGUUGGUGUUUGUGUCGGUGCUUCAUCUGGUGAUUAGUUGAGGGUUGGAGUUAUACUGUGAAUAUUGUCAUUCAUGUAAGUAAUAAAAGAUUGCCCAACUGAAAUCAACUAUUCUUUGUUGGUGCCUUUGGUAAUACACUUCUUUUUGAUUGGAUUGCAUA